AUGAUAGUGACGAAACGAAUCAGCUCUCCUAUUCCACAAUGGCAUACCAAUCAGCGCGACCUCAAUGGCCACAAACGGACAAAGUGCCAGAACGAUCGCAUCGACAUCUCAUACGAACCAAUCGGCAAGAAAAGAUCUCAGUGCUCCUUGUUGAUACGUAUAGACAAUGGAGUCGUCGAUGUCAACUUCACCGACGAUGUGGGACAGACAUUGUGCAAUUGGGCUUCAGCUUUUGGAUCACUAGAAAUGGUACAGUAUUUGUGCGAUAAGGGAGCUGAUGUGAACAAAGGGCAUAAGAGCAGUAGCUUACAUUAUGCGGCUUCCUUCGGACGACCUGAUAUAGUGAAAGUACUACUGCAACGAGGUGCAAAUCCGGAUUUGAGAGACGAGGAUGGAAAGACGGCAUUGGAUAAAGCAAGGGAACGAACUGACGAAGAUCAUACCCAAGUUGCUCAGAUACUUGAGAGUCCUUCUGUAUACAUGCAUUCAAGUGAGUUAGCGUAA